AUGACGUCGACGGCAUCGACGGCAACGCCGGCCAAGCAUGCGUUCGAGAGGCGGGUCGAGGAGGUCAAGUCACCCAAGAGCGACAUCAAUGCCCUCAUCUUGGACUACUUGACCAUGGAGGGCUAUCCCAACGCUGCUGCCAAGUUUUCCAAAGAGGCCAACCUCCAACCUCAGCAAGACAGCGCAUCGAUUCGUACGAGGCAGGAGAUCCAAACCUUUAUACACAGCGGCAACAUUCAAUCUGCCAUUGAGUCAUUGAAUGAGCUGGACCCCCAGAUCUUGGACGAUGACAAGGCAUUGCAUUUCUCCCUCCUGCGUCUGCAGCUCGUUGAACUCAUCCGGUCUUGCAACGCUGCUGGUGGGGAUAUAACUCCUGCACUGAGGUUCGCCACAGAACAGCUCGGGCCUCGAGCUCCAACCAAUCCCAAGUUUCUCGAGGAUCUCGAGAGAACCAUGGCUUUGCUCUUGUUUCCCCAGGAAAGUCUGGAGCCACAGCUCGCCGCCCUGCUUAAUCCUGAUCUUCGCCGUGACGCCGCCGAUAACGUCAAUCGGGCCAUUCUCGAGAGUCAAUCGGCAAGGCGAGAGGCAGCUAUUCGUCAUCUGGUCAAGAUGCGAGCUUGGGCCGAGAACACGGCGCGCGAGAGGGGCUCAACCCUUCCGGAUCGCCUCGACAUUGGCCUAAGGGGUGACGAGCCUGGAAGUCACAGUGGACGACAGGUCAACCCGGAGAAUGGCCAUGAGCCUAUGCUUACCAACUAA